AAGCUGAAAAUUUGCUCCGCGGCUUCGCGUGUUCCCGUGUUUUGCUGGUAAAUCGCGCCCUUUUCCGGCAAAAGUUUUUGUAAAAACCCACCGCUUACGGAUCAUCGAACGGCGCUUCACCUCGUCUAUCGGUAGUGAAACAAUAGUUAGCGGCAUAAUUCCAGCACAGCGACCCGGGAAAAAAAGAAGCCCCUCCUUGACUCGAAAGCCCGGCGCGCAUCAAAAAGCGCAUCAUCCUUCUCUACCUCUCCAGCGUGCGUGCGUUCGGCGGUGAAGAAUACGAGAAACAACACACCCAGGGUUCUACCAGGACACCGCGCCAAGCGCCAGCAACAUGAACGUCGAGGAGGAAGUGUUCCGGAUUCAGAAGAAGCUCGGCAAAAUGACUUCCUUAUCGGAUGGCUCGGGUCAAGAGCAGGCGCUGGAUCUUUUGCGGGAGCUCCAGCGACUUAACAUCGAUCUGGAUAUACUGACGAAGACGCGUAUCGGUAUGACGGUGAACGAGCUACGGAAGUGCAGCAAGGAUGACGAGGUUAUCAGCCUUGCCAAAUCGCUCAUCAAAAGCUGGAAACGCUUCUUGGCCGGUACCCCUCCGUCGAAGGAUGGUGGCGGCGGUGGUAAAGAUUCGAAGGGUUCGUCGAAAUCGUCGAGCAAAUCGAGCAGUAAAUCGGGCGACGGUGGUACCAACGGUUCAACGGGUGGUAGUACUGGUGGCGGCACUGGUGGCAGCGGUGCUGGCGGUAACAAAAAGGACAGCGACCGCGGUGAGAAGGAGAGCAAAUCGAAACCCUCGUCGACGCCGGUCAGCAUUCCGUCCCAGUCAAGCAACACGACCGAUGCGGUUCGGCUGAAGUGUCGCGAAAUGCUGGCCAAUGCACUGCGAGUAGACGGUGAACCACCGGAAGGCUGCCAGACACCCGAAGAGCUCGGCGAGGAGCUGGAGGAGGCGAUCUUUGUCGAGUUCAAGAACACGGAUAUGCGCUACAAAAACCGCAUCCGGUCGCGGGUAGCAAACCUGAAGGAUCCGAAAAAUCCUAGCCUGCGCAGUAACUUCGUGAGUGGUGCGCUGACCGCCCAGCGAUUGGCAAAAAUGACCUCGGAGGAAAUGGCAAGCGAUGAGAUGAAACUGCUGCGCGAUCGCUUCGUGAAGGAGGCGAUCAACGAUGCCCAGCUGGCGACGGUUCAGGGCACCAAGACGGAUCUGCUCAAGUGUGGCAAGUGCAAGAAACGCAACUGCACCUAUAACCAGCUGCAGACACGUAGUGCUGAUGAACCGAUGACUACGUUCGUCAUGUGCAAUGAGUGCGGUCAUCGCUGGAAGUUCUGCUAAACGACUUCGUGCUACCGGGCAUCCCGCGUACCCUCCCUCCCUAUCCUAUAGACUAAAGGCGAUAACUCGAUGGUUUUACGCACUAGAUAGUGUAAGAAAGAUGAAGAGUUCACGGGAACGUUCUGCACCGGACACCCUCCUGAUAGGUACCUUCGAGUGGUACAUAUCAGUUGAGCGAAAGGUUGUGCUUGCCGAAUGAAUGGUGCCUCAGAAUUUUUUGACUGGUGGCGCCGGGGCACAUUCAAAGAAUUGCCCUUAGGUGAUCAACGCUUUCCAACGGUCCUGGCGAGGAAUGUUUGGUAUUUUAUUGUUUUAUUAUUUCAUUUUGCUCUGCGCCACCCUUCACAACGUACUACAAUAAUCCCCAGCCGGCAGAUGCAAGGAGUUCGUAGGCUCUUGUAAGUUGAUCGUUGGGUUGCCAGCACCAUUUCAUCCCUUCUUGCAAUCGGAAACCAUCGAUCUCAAGACCGAUUGUGUGGAAGUUCAUGAGGUGCUAGCGGCCACGUUCGGCAAACUUGCCUGCUCGAGGAUUGCGUGUAAUUCUGGUUUGGCCUACAGCACACAGCGUCGGCUAGGGAAUGCGGUAGAGAAUCACAUAUUAGGUUAGCGUUAAGGGUAAACGGUUUCGAUUCACAGAGGAGAGAAGCGAAAACGAUAGCCGUGGUAGGGGCACACCGAAUGUUGCAAAAACCGUUCGCUAGGCAAGAAAGUGGACGAUUAACAAAGCAUUAUAAUUAUUGUAAUAACUAAACCUAAUGUAGAGUGUAAAUAACAAUAACUAAAGUA